AUGUCGUCCCAGGCGGAUCGCAAGUGGCGGCGCCGCGAUCCCAGCGUAGACGACCGGAAAAGGAAGCGCGAUGACAAGAAGGAGAAGAAGGAGAAGGACCGACGGGACGACCGCCGGGACGACCGGCGAGACGACCGCCGGGAUGAUCGCCGGGACCGGGACGACCGGCGGGAUGACCGCCGCGAGGAUCGCAGGGAGGCAGAGCGCAACCGGGAGAAGAACGACGACCGUCGGAGACGCGUCGACCGGUCGCCCGAGCUGCCGAAAUCGCCGCCCCCGUCCCCUCCGGCCAAGGUGGCCAAGCCGGCCAUAAACUGGCGGGAAGAAGCCGGGGAAGCCGAAGAUCUUCGCGACAACUCCGACGAUGAGGAGGCGGCAGCCAGAAGGUUGGAAGAGAGCCGAAAGCGCAGGGCAGCGCUGAUGGCCCAAGCGAAAGAGGAGAAGAAAGAGGAGGCGCCAGCGACAGCGCCGCCGGCAGAGGCAGCGCCUGCUGCCCCGGACGCGGAGAAGGCCGAAGGGGAUGGUGCUGACACGGCAGAUGAACCCGCGGAAGCGCCAGAGGGUAAGGAAGAUGACGGCGGAGGUGGAGAUAUGUUCGAUCUCAACCAGGACGCGAAAGAGCUCAAGGCCGGACGUCAGCGUAUGCAGAGCAUUGCAACGACAGGUGCUUCCACAGAAGAUUGGGAUGACGAGGAGGGCUACUACUGCGCUCAGGUGGGUGAGCUCCUGGAAGAGCGCUACCUCGUGCAGGACACGGUCAGCGGCCGCGGUGUGUUCUCCAACGUCGUCAAGGCGAAGGAUACGAAGAGCGAAGGAGAGCCGCUAGUGGCGCUCAAGAUCAUCCGCUCCAACGAUAUGAUGAAGAAGGCCGCCGAGCGCGAAGUCGAGAUCUUACAGACCUUGAACAACGCGGACAAGGCCAACAAGAGGCAUAUUAUCAGACUCAUCGAAACCUUCUACUACAGAAAGCACAUCUUCCUGGUCUUCGAGUGCAUGGCGGAGGACCUCCGCGGCGCUCUGAAGAAGUACACCAAGAACAGAGGCAUUUCACUACCCGUCGUCAAGGCAUACACGAAGCAGCUUCUUGUCGGCGUCCGCCACAUGCACAAGUUCAACAUCAUCCACGCAGAUCUGAAACCUGACAACAUCCUGAUCAGCCAAGACAACAGCAUCGUCAAGCUCUGCGACUUCGGCACUGCUGUGGAGCAGAAAGAUGUGGGCGUCUCCCCGUACCUCAUGAGCCGGUUCUAUCGGCCAAGUGAAGUGAUCCUGGGCUGCGAGUACGGAAUUCCCGUGGAUGUGUGGGCGCUUGCCUGCACUCUCUACGAGAUCUUCACCGGGAAGACCUUGUUCCAGGGCAAGACCAACAACGACAUGCUCAAGCGCAUCAUGGAUGUGAAGGGGAAGAUCCCCAAGAACGUGAUUCGCAAGGGCGCGGUCUGGAAGAAUCAUUUCGAUGAGAACCUGGACUUCAAGUUCGUUGACAAAGAUGCCCUCUCGGGCGAGGAGAUCGUCCGCAUCGUCACGGACAACAGCUGCAAGAGGGAACUGAAGGAGUUUCUCCUUGAUCGGCUGGGCCCCGAGAAGCAGAAGUCGCAGGAGCGGGAGGAUCAACAGUACGUGAAGAAAACUUUGCAUUUUGCCGAUCUGUUGGACAAGAUGCUAGCCCUGGAUCCUGAUAAGCGGCUGAGCGCGGAAGAUGCUCUGAAGCAUCACUUCGUCGAGGAUCCCCGGGAGAAGAAAGCCGCAGCAGCUGCCGCGCCGAACGCUUCAGGUCCCACCCAAGUGCAGCCAUCGGCGACUGGGAGAACCUCCUCUGGGAAAACCUCCGCUGGCCACAAGAAGAGGUCUGAGAGAUAG